CUCGAUCGUAUCUUGGGACGCUAUGGCACUUUCAUCAUCGAGCGCGCUGGAUCCGAUGUCGAUCAAGCCAUGGAGUCAUUGACAGCAUGGCGUGACAAUAUUUACGUCGUACGACAAACUAUACAGAAUGAUGUCUCUUCAACCAAGGUCCGGUUGUUCCUGAAGCGUGGGAUGAGUGUUCGGUACUUGCUUCCGAAUCCCGUCGUCGAUUAUAUCGAAGCCAAUGGGCUCUAUCUCGACGAUGGUCCUAACGCGAGUGCGUCUGGCCCGACCUAUGUGACCACCAACUCGUCGGACCAUCCGCCGGCAGCCUCAGCCACAGGUGGAUCUUCAAUGUUGAGCUGA